AUGGGUCACAAGGCUUCUUCUUCGUUGACGGCUGUGGACACGGCUGUAUCCGGUGGGAGAGAUUCUUUGCCCGAUGAAGAUCCCAACAAGACUAGCCGCUAUGCGCCCGGGGUCGUCGAGGAUGUCGCCGGUGUUGUCGACCACAAGGCUGAGCGGGCGCUCUGUCGUCGAUUUGAUCUGCGGUUAAUGCCUGUUCUGGCUAUCAUGUAUCUGUUUAACGCACUCGACAAGGGAAAUAUCGGUAAUGCAGAAACAGACAACAUGAGCGAUGACCUCAAUUUCAAACCGGGGCAGUACAACUUGCUGCUGUCUAUCUUCUUCAUCCCAUAUGUCAUUUUUGCGCCUCCCUUCGCCAUGCUGGGCAAACACUUUAGCCCAGCCAGGGUGAUGCCAAUUUUGAUGUUCUGCUUCGGAUCCUUCACGAUCCUUGCAGCGUCCACCAAGAAUUUCGGUGGAAUCUUUGCCCUUCGCUGGUUCCUGGGGAUGUCGGAGGCCGCUUUCUUCCCUCUAGUCAUCUACUAUUUGACUACCUUUUACCGUCGUGCUGAGCUGGCUCGCCGACUGGCCAUUUUCUACGCAGCCUCCAACAUAGCCAACGCUUUCUCCGGUCUGAUCGCGUUCGGCGUCUUCCAGAUUGAGAACACGCCUAUAUCUCAAUGGCGAUACCUAUUCAUCAUCGAGGGUUGCGCAACCACUACCUUCGCAAUCUUCGCCUUCUGGUACCUCCCGCGCAGCGCCGCGGAGGCCAAAUUCUUAUCCGAGGACGAAAAGGCCCUCGCCUUCCACCGCAUCCAGGUCGACUCCAGCGCCGUCGUCAACGAAAAGUUCAAUAUCCGCGAAGCCCUCGGUAUCUUCAAGCACCCAACAACCUACUGCUUCCUCGCGAUUGAGAUCUGCCUCGGCGUACCACUCCAAGGCGUCGCCCUCUUCAUGCCGCAGAUCAUCCAACGCCUGAAUUACACUACCGUCAAAACAAACCUAUACACUGUAGCCCCCAACGUCACAGGCGCCGUCAUGCUGCUCGUCCUGGCAUUCAGCUCCGACGCCGUGCGCCUCCGCUCCCCAUUCAUCGUUCUAGGAUUCCUAUUCACCUUCUCGGGUUUCAUGAUCUACGCCUCCGUCACAGACGUCGAGGCCCAGAUCAAAGUCGCCUACUUCGCAACCUUCAUGAUGACCUGGGGCACCUCCGCCCCCUCCGUCCUCCUGAGCACCUGGUACAACAACAACAUCGCGCACGAGGGCCGCCGCGUCCUGCUCACCAGUAUCGGCGUGCCGCUUGCGAACCUAAUGGGCGUGGUUUCGAGCAACGUCUUCCGCGAGCAGGAUAAGCCGAAGUACAUGCCUGCGCUGAUUACGGUGGGUGCGUUUGGGGCGACCGGCUCGGUUAUUGCGGGCCUUUUGGGUCUGUAUAUGGUUUUUGAUAAUCGGAGGAGAGAUCGCAGGGAUGGCGUCACUGUUAGGGCUAGUGAUAUCCCGACGGAUCGUUUGCGGGAUGGGCCUGCUUCGCCUGAGUUUCGGUGGUUUUUGUAG